AAUCAAUAAUGUCGCUCGAUCCAUCAAUAUUCGAAACCACAGUCCCUUCCCGCUACAUCACCUGCACACUCCCCCUCCACCGCCGCCUCCUCCGCGCCGCCGUCCUCGAUUCCCCCUCCGCCGCGGCGCCCUCCUCCACCGCAGCCAUGUGGGUCCCACAUGGCCGCGAGUCGGACUGGAUAUUCUCCACCUUCUCCGGCCACCUCCAGCUCCUCCUCUCCUCCCCCACCCCCCACCCCCUCUCCCGCCUAAUCCUUCUCGGCGAUCCCCCAUCUUGCCCCAAUUCCCCUCCCCGCCCCUCCCCCUCGCCGCCGCCCCACCAAAAUCUCGCCCCCUUGCUGUUACUGCUCACCCCCAAAUCGGAAUUUCUAGGUCGCGGCGAAACCCCAGAAGUGCCCUUGUUGAUUUACGAGGACGAGGUGGUUAAAAAUUCAAUCCUGGAGAUCUGCGAGGGGCCCCGCGUGGGGGAAAUGUUGAUUGAGAAUGUGGAGCUGGUGAAUGGUGAUGGGGUUAGUGAAUUUAGGAGAAGGCUGAGGUUUAAGAGAAUGCCCAAUUUCGUGCAAUCCCAGAUGAGAAUUCGACCUAGAAACGAUUCAAUCUCGGAUAAUUUCGAUGAGUUGGAGUUUGAAUUGGAUAAGGGGGCUUUAGUCCAGCCCUACCUGAGCCCCAUGGUCGCCGGCAUUGCCGUGAUCCAUCGCUUCUUGGAGGGGCGGGGGCGGGCCGGAUUCAGGCCGAGAGCUCUCUGUUUGGGAGUCGGAGGAGGCGCAUUGCUCGGAUUCUUGGCCGAUCAGCUCGAUUUCGAGGUUGACGGAGUCGAGGAAGACGAGGUUGUGUUGGAAGUUGCCAAGAGGCAUUUCGGAUUAAAUGAUCACAGUAACCUCGUCCAUUUGUUUGCUGAAGAUGGGAUCAGACACAUCAAGAGGAUUGCAGCUGCAGAUGGGAUAACUGAGGGGGAUAAGUAUGAUGUUGUGAUGGUUGAUUUGGACUCGAAUGAUGCAACGAAUGGCGUCUCCGCGCCACCCUCGGAGUUCGUGGAGAGCUCCGUGCUUCGAGCAGCGAGGGAUGUUCUUCGCGACGAGGGGAUCCUCGUCGCGAAUGUGAUCCCUUCGAGCAAACUGUUUUAUGAAGAGUUGAUCUGCGGAGUUGAUGAGGUUUUUGAGGAGGUGUAUGAGAUUGAUGUUGGAAAUGAGGAGAAUCUUGUUGUUGUUGCGGCGAAAUCAGUUGUUGGGGAGGCUUUGGAUGGGAAUGGUAGUGAGUUUUUGAACAAGUUGAAAUUGGUUGUUUCAAGUGGUUAUGUAGAUUCCAUUAGAAAAAUCUCAAUGAUUAUAUGAUAAAAUCUAAUUUAAUCAAAUGUUUGCUUGACAUCCUUUUAGUUCCUGAUGGCACAUUUUAGUAAUGUAAUUGGAUAAUUAUUAAUAAUUAUUUAAAUAUUUUU